CAAAACCCAUUUCUCCCUCUAACUCCUCCUCUCUCCACUCUCCCCUCUCUCUCCUUCUUCCUUCUUCGUCCUGUUGAAUCUGUUUCUGAUUCAAUAUGUUUAAGUACCCAAUUCUCCAUCAUAUGGGGCGAUUUUCACAUUUCUCUCUCUAACUACUCCUCUCUCUCCAUCUUCCCUCUUCGUCCUCUUCAGAUGUUGAACAAAUUGGGGUUGAUAGCUGAUUCAAGAAUAAUUUGUAUCCAAUUCUCCAUUUUUUGGGGCGAUUUGCAUGAGUGAUUGUGUUAUUGGCUUCGUGCAAUGCGAAUUGGGUCUUGAAUUUUAACCAAAUUUCACGACUUUGGCGCAAAUCGGUCUAUGCUUCAGCUUCAAUGGCUCCCAAAUCUGGCAAAUUCCUUCACAAUUACGGGUAUGAUCUGAUUUUGGGUUCAGUAGCUGCAUUUUAUGUAUUUACCAUACCCUAUACUAAAGUUGAAGAGAGCUUUAAUAUGCAGGCAAUGCAUGAUAUAUUAUACCACCGGCAUCGCUUGGCUGAAUAUGAUCAUUUGGAGUUUCCUGGUGUUGUCCCGCGCACUUUCAUUGGUGCUUUGCUUGUGUCACUUUUGGCAUCUCCUGUUGUAUCUGUCAUCAAUUUUCUACACUUGCCUAAGAUCUAUAGUCUCUUCAUAGUCCGUUUGGCGUUAGGCUGCCUCAUACUGUCCACCUUACGUUUUUUCCGGCUUCAGAUCCGAAGCAAGUUUGGUCUUCAAGUAGAAGCUUUCUUUGUGAUAUUAACCGUACUUCAGUUUCACUUGCUAUUCUACUGCACACGUCCUCUUCCAAACAUACUGGCGUUGGGUUUAGUCAAUAUGGCGUAUGGGUAUUGGUUAAAGGGGAGCUAUUAUACAGCAUUACAGAUUCUGGUUUUUGCGACGUUGGUUUUCAGAUGUGACGUGCUACUCUUAGCCUGCCCCAUCGGCCUUCAGCUUUUAUUGACCAGAUCAGUGUCAUUGUGGAAAGCAAUUAAAUGCUGUAUUGUGGCUGCGAUACUUUCCAUAGGUCUUACUGUAAUGGUUGAUUCAUUAAUGUGGAGACGGGUCUUAUGGCCCGAAUUUGAAGUUUUAUGGUUCAAUUCUGUGUUAGAUCGGAGCUCUGAAUGGGGUGUUUCGCCAUUUCAUUGGUAUUUCACUUCAGCGCUUCCCAGGUCACUGCUUGCUGUAUAUCCUCUCGUUAUGCUUGGUGUCUUGCUUGAUAGGAGGACUUUGCGUUACUUAGUCCCAACUUUAUCUUUUGUGGUUUUGUAUUCCAAAUUACCGCACAAGGAAUUGCGCUUUAUCAUCAGUUCUCUUCCAGUUUUUAACCUGGCUGCUGCGAUAUCAGCAAGCAGAAUAUACAAUAAUAGGAAAAAGAGCUUUUGGAAGUUGUUUUAUAUUGGAAUGCUUGGUCUAUUUUUAAUCAGCUUAGGGUGCACAAUAAUGUUUUUCAUGGCAUCAUACCACAAUUAUCCUAGUGGCUAUGGUUUAAGGAAGCUCCAUGAAAUGGGCCAUUUGAACAACACUGGUGAUGUUCGGACUCAUAUAGACACUUAUUCAGCAAUGAAUGGAAUCACACGCUUCUGUGAAAGUGGUCUCCCAUGGAGGUAUUCCAAAGAGGAGGAUAUUUCUCUUAAAGACUAUCGCCAUAGAAAUUUCACCUACCUUCUCAAUGAGCACUCCUACAUUGAUGGAUAUCAGUGCUUGUUCGUUGUGGAUGGAUUUUCGCGGGUUAAUCUUCGAAAAAGUAUUCCACCUGUUGUAUUGGUGAAUGAACCCAAGGUGUAUGUUCAUGGAUGUAUGAACAACAUGGAAAUUUUGAGCAGAGAUUUUCCAGGAUGUUGAAAUCUAGAUGAGUUUACUCCAGAAGAUGGUCCUCUGUAGCUCUCAUGCUUUCUGAAGCCAUGCACAUAAUGCUGUUUACGAUGUUCUGAGUUGUAAAUGUAACUUUAGGGCUGAUUUUAGUGAUCCAUAAAUUUUGUAACAAAGUGUAAACUACACAUUUUUGUUCUUGUUGGCUUAUGUUAAUUUUUGGGAAGUCACAAACUAUUUUUACAAUUUAAAAGAAAAUUCUUCUACUA